AUGUUUGCAUCUAAAAGUAGACUCCUAAGUGAUAGAAUUAGUUAUCAGUUACUAUUGUUGCGAAAUAAAGGUUCUACAGCUUCUUGCGUUCAUAAGAGCACCAUUAUUCGAGCUAACAAUACGAUCAGAUAUUUUACCAAAUCCUCCAUCACAAAUGAAAAGUUGACCCAAAAACAAGAAAGAGCCAAAAAACUAUUGGAAGAGCAAUUGAAAUCGCCGUAUAGACUAAUUAGAUGGGCUGCAAUUGCGCGUACUGAACAAUUUCAAAAAGGACUAACCAAAUAUUUAGUUGGUAUUUAUAUUGUCUUUUUCCUUUAUGGUGGUUAUAUUAUGAGAAAGUUAUUUAACAGAGAAAAAGAAUUGGAAGCGUUGCUAAAAAAAGAUGAUAAGGAUAAGAACCAGUGGGAAAAAUUAAGGGAAAAGGAACUGGAUAAAGAUCAAAAACUGAGAACCAGAGAUGAAUUAAAAUUGAAACAAUAUCAAUUGCUAAAAGAAGAGUACGGUAUCCAAAAUUUUGAUGGUAUUGUUAUUGAAGAUUAUGAGGACACUAAACAUUUGGUAGAGAGAAUUACAGGUCAAACAUUAAAAGAAGAUGAUGCUGUCUUGGAACAAUUUAAAAAAGAGCAACAAGUACCAAACAUUUUACCACCACGGGAUACUACAGAUUUUUAUGACUCUAAAGCUAGAAAAUAUGAUAGUGAUAUCGGAAUGGAAGAGAAGAUUGUUUUUAUGGGUUCGAAACGUAAAUGGUUGACGAGCCAUUGUAAAGGUGAUGUCUUGGAAGUUUCUUGUGGUACUGGCAGAAAUAUCAAAUAUUUAGAUCCUACUAAGUUAAAUUCUGUGACAUUUUUGGACGCUUCAAGGAAUAUGGUUGAGGUUACACAAGAAAAAUUUAGAAAUGAAUACCCUGGUUUUGCCAAAGCUGCUUUUGUUGUGGGCAAAGCUGAGGAUUUGAUUGACUUGGAUAAAAAAAAUCAAGUUAAAUAUGAUACUAUUUUGGAAGCGUUUGGCUUAUGUUCACAUAAGGAUCCGGUUAGAGCUUUAAAAAAUUUCGAACAAUUAUUGAAACCAGACGGCAGAAUAAUUUUAUUAGAGCAUGGUAGAGGCGAUUAUGAUUUUGUUAACAAGGUUUUGGAUAAAAGAGCUGAUAACCGUCUAGAAACUUGGGGGUGUAGAUGGAAUUUAGAUAUUGGCGAAUUACUAGACGACUCUGGCCUAGAAGUCGUUGAGGAAAAAAGAUUUCAUCUUGGUACUACUUGGGCUAUUGUAGCUAAAAGAAAGGGAGCUGCAAAGAAAAAAGAAGAAAUCGGGUUUAUUGAAAAGUACAUUGGUUCUAGUGUGAGGAAGAGAGCCAACGAGUUUAUUGACCAUGAUGAUAAAAUCGCUAAUCAACAGAAAACAGAUUUACCUGAGAACAAGAAAUAA